UUGAUCCUGAGGUGUCUCAGCAACUCCUAGAUCCCAGUCUUGCUGCUAACAGGUGGACAUGGCCUGCAGGAGCCACAUCCAGCCCAGUGACCUGGCCUGCACCAUGCAACUGGCCCUGGCAUGGAUCAUAUUGGGGGCUUGCGGAGGGAGCCACCAAUUCCAAGCUAGGUCCCAGGGACACCUUGGGCUUGCAUCGAAUCUGGGCACAAACCAAGUGCAACUGGCAGGGGAUCUUCAGGCCUCAGGUCCCCAACCUUACAUGAUGAUCCAAGACCCUGACUCACAGGCGUUCCCGCUGCCAGAACCUUGUUGUCCUUCAGAGAUGGACACCCCAGAGACAUCAGGCCCUGGGAUCUUCCCACCGCGCUGCGGGACGCCGAGCUCCGGAUGCGAAUCCUUCCUGGGACACCUCCAACGCGCGCUCCGCAAUCGCUUCCACCUGCUGCUGUUGGGGGUACGCCAGGCGCCGCCGCUCUGCGAGGAGCUCUGCCAGAACUGGUUCGCCACCUGCGAAGCUGAUAUUACUUGUGGUCGGACUUGGCUGUGGCCCUCAGGAAAGAGAAGCUGCGAGGGUCGCUGCCGCACUUAUGGGCAGACUUUUGCUGACGGAGUGGAUCUUUGUCGCUCGGUUCUGGGUCACAUCCUGCCGGUGGCAGCUCCUGGCUCCCGUCAUUGCCUCAACAUCUCCAUCUCAUUAUUGCCGCGUCCUAGACCCGGACGUUGGGCCCGAGAAACCAUCUCCCAGCGCUCCCGCCGCCGUGGCACUGGGAUCCUGGACGCUGGGGGCAGCGGGAGUGGCAGUGGAAGCGGCAGCGGCCCCUAGCGGGCGCCCGGCCUUCAACAAAAGAGGCGUCCCUUCCCUAGGCACGGCCCCCUCCCUGCCCCUCCUUCCCUGGGGCUCCCAGAAGGGUCCCCCUUCAGGUUAUCCGAGAAACGAAAUGACCCAACUCCAACUAAUUUUACCCUCUCCUUCUGAAAUAAAGCUUCCCGCUAGA